AUGGGACUCUUCCUUGAUUUCCUGAGCGCAGUGCGGGCCUACAUGAAUUCAUUUCUCGUUGUGUUAGGAUGUCGAAAUCGACAAAAUCCUGAAGACUUCGAAGGUCAGCUUGAAUUCGAUAAGAAGCUGCAGGAGACCCUGAUAGCCGUUCGAGAGCAGAAGCGCAUGUGGCCCUUUUUCCAGGGUUUAGAAGAGGCUGAUGAUAAGGCUGCCUUUGAUUAUCUUUUUCGGCAUCAGUUAGAAAACGAUGGGAAGCUAGUGGAGAACCCGAUUGAUUACGGUCUUUGGACUCUGAGCUGGAAUAAAACUCCGCGCUGCGCUUCAGAUGAACGGACGGAAAUUUCAUGA